GAGCGAGAGAGAGAGGGCGGCAGGCAGUUGAGACCGUUGAAAUUACCUAUCUUAAACAUUGUUAUAACAGAACAAAACAAACCGACCAUAUUGACACAGUCAGAUUUCCAUUUCCAUGAACUGAAACAGUAAACUCUAUUCUCUUCUUCAAUUUUUGUCAUCUUCCAUUUGUCACUCUUCAGUCCUCUUUCCCUUCUUGCCUAUUGUAAUGUCCCUCCACCUUCACACCUUUCACUUUCAUUUUCUGUUUGUCCUCUUUGUUUUUGCAGUCCUUUAUAAUAGACAAAUCCAAAUUUCCUUUUCUUUUCUUUUCUUUUUUUCAUGGCUUUUCUUUACCAAGCAUCUCCCUGUUUCCCCCUAAUAAUAUUCUUCAGCACUAUUCCCAUAUUCUGCCACCCACUUCCGUGUAAUCAUCGCCGUAACAACUCUAAUCCAUCACUCAGUAAUGUUGAUAGGUUGAUGUUUAAUUGUCAAAAGUAGCUUCAAGGGAAGAAGAUUCUGUUAUCAGCUGAAAUGGCAUCAUCAUCUUUGGAGGAGCUUCUUGCGGAGGAAGGGUUUAGAGGAAGAAGAUCAGGGAUGGCACUGAGAGCUUCAUUUCGAGCAGAUGCUGUAAUUAAGUCUCUCUACCCUUCUCGAGAUAAACCAAAGUCAGACUCACCAUUAGGCCGGAGAAUGAAGACUGAGAGGACAAGAUUUGAUCUAUCUCGAUACAUUUCGAGAGGGGAAUCACCAAGAAGGGAUAUUACUUCUAGCAGGAGACCUCGGGAUAAUCUGGCUUCAAGAGAAAAAAUAGAUGGAAGAUCAAAGAUAGAUUCUGCAGAAAGACUUGGCCGCCGAGAUUCAAAUGAUGUGCAGAAUGACAAAACACAUAAUUCAGGAGAGAUUGAGGGAAGUGAAAUAACUGAGGUUGGUGCAGAAGGACAUGAGGGGGUUAAGGAUAUAUAUUCUGUCAAAGCAUAUAACUCAGAGAGGAGUGAAAAAUCUUCUCAGGGAAAUGAAGAAAGCCACAGGUACUUAUCAAGGAGAGGGAACAAUGUAAUAGUAGAUGAAAGGCACAGUAGGAAUUCUAGCAAAAGUUUGCUAAAGUAUACAGCAUUUGAGGAUAGCAGCAUAAACCCAUCUUAUGACAGUUCUGUUAGAAGUUCCAAGAUUGUCAAAAGGGUUAAAGAUGACGAGAGAACUAGGUGCGAGACUGCUUCACAGGCAGUAUCUGAUAUAGCUCUGGAUAAAGUUGCUGUCAAAGCCAUGGUUUCCAUCUUGAAUGGUUACAUUAAGCGUUUCCUGAGAGAUGAGGAAUUUCGCACUACUCUUCGUCACAAUUGUUUCUCUUCCCUUAUGUUUAAUGGAGAAGGAGACAGUAUUAAGAGCAAAGUGAUUACCAAUCUUGAACAAGCAAUUGAGACAGUGGAAAAAGCUACUGAGGAAGCUGCAAGCACAAAGGAUUUAAAAAGAGCUGCACUGCAGCUGAGUGUGAUCACAAGCUUAAACUCGAAUGAUUUGGAAGAUGGACAUACAUCGGGAAUUCCAAAUUUUAGAUUGUCUGCUUGUGCUCAUCUUUACCGCAGUGUGAUAUACAAGCUGCAGAAGAAGGAUAGAGCUUCAUCUAAAUAUCUUUUGCAAGUGUUUUGUGAUUCUCCCUUUUCAGCACGAACAAUCUUGUUGCCUGAACUUUGGGACUUUCUUUUCUUUCCACAUCUUUCACAUAUGAAGGAGUGGUAUAAUCAGGAAGCUGAUUCUCUGCUAAACACCCCAAGCAAGAUUAAGAAACUUGAGCUUCUUGACAAAGUUUAUAAUGAAACUCUGGAUUCUGGUACUUACCAGUUCGCAGUUUACUACAAGGAUUGGCUCACUGAGGGGAUUGAAGCCCCUUCUCUUCCCACGUUACACAUCCCCAAAAUGUCAGUUCAGGAAGUUGAACAAUUGAAUCCAAAGGAUCAUUCCUCAGGUCUAAGUAGACCUUCUGAUCCUUUCUCACCUCAGCCAAUGGUUAGUAAGAAGCUGUAUGAAGCUGUAUUUAGCCAUUCAAGUAGGCCUGUAAGUUAUGAGGCUGAAGACGGAGAGGCAGAUAACUUGGAUAAUGUUGCAACAAUCUCUGAUGGUUCUGCUUAUGAAGUCAAACAAACAAUAAUGGACUCUCCUGAAAUUGUGAAAUACCUGGAUCAAGACACAGAAAAUGGUUCCUUUAAGGAUGCACAAGAUAACACAUGCCUUUAUCAUAAUGGGCUCACAUCAGAAAAGGAAGAAUGGAAGUUGCCUAAAAUGAGUCCUCCACCAGAAAGUGAUUGCAAUUAUGAAAUCAGAAGCUCUAAUAGACAGGAAGAACGUGCAGGAGAUGAUGCUAUGCUAAAUGCAUUUUCUCAUACAAAAGCAAAUGAGUCAAUCCUUAUGAGCCUAGCCAAAUCUGUUAUUGAACUGCAACAAACUGAUGAUUCUGGAGUUAUUUACAGCAAGCAAACUAAUGUGGUGACCUCUUGUGAAGAGUUAGAUGGAACAUAUCAAUAUUUUGAUGACGGAUCCUUCCUUGCAAGUGUACCCCAGGACUUUAUUUGCCCCCUGUCUGGCCAGAUAUUUGAGAAUCCAGUGACCCUGGAGACUGGACAAACCUUUGAGCAACAAGCUAUUAGAGAAUGGUUUAGUAUGGGAAACAGAACAUGUCCUGUUACAGGGAAAACUUUAGAAUGUCCAACUGUACCAUUUACAAAUUUUAUUUUGAAGCGGGUAAUUAGCAAUUGGAAAUUGGGGCAUUGUAGCCGUCUACUGGCUCUUGCCUCUCAAAUAUUUAUGAAUUCAGGGAAAGACGAAUCUAGGCAAAGGGAUGAAAAAGCAAUAUUUAUAUUAGAGAAGCUUCUUACUAGUUUUGGCAGGGAGGAAAGAUUGGCAAAUGCCAAACAUCUCGUCUCUCUUGGGGGCUUGGAGUUUCUUAUUAGAAGGAUUAGAUUCGGAGAGUUGGAAGAGAAAAUACGCGUGGCAGCUCUCUUGUCCUGUUGUAUUGAAGCAGAUGCAAGUUGCAGAAACCAUAUAAUUAAGAGAAUUGAUAAGUGGGGUCUCUUGGAGCUGCUCCACAGCAAGCAGCCUAAGUCCAGAAGAAAUGCUGUGCUUCUAUUGACUGAAUUACUAUGUCUAAGCAGGAGGAAAGACGUGAAAUUAUUUUUAAGUGGCUUACAGAAUGAGGAGUUAAUGAAUGCAAUGCAUAUCCUGCUCAUGUAUCUUCAGAAUUCUCCACCUGAGCAAAGGCCCUGGGUUGCUGUACUUCUUUUGCACCUCGAUCCUCUGGUUGAACAUCAUAAAUUCAGCAUAUACAGGGAAGAAGCUGUUGAUGCCAUAGUAAUGGCCCUAGAAAGCAGUCUAACAGACGAGAAGGUCUGCGAAAAGACUUGCAGAGCUCUCCUCGCCUUGGGAGGACGAUUUUCUGCUUCUGGGAAGUCACUGACAGAAAGUUGGGUACUGAAGCAAGCAGGGUUUAACAAAAUUUAUGAACUGAAUUCUCAUGAAGAAGAUUCAUUAUGUGAUGAUUCUUUCUCUUUGGAAGGUGAAGAAGAGACUACCAAUGAAUGGCUGAGGAACUUGUCUGCAUCAUUACUUGGUAAUGGAAAGAAGUCCUUCUUAGAGGCCAUUUCAAAGUGCUUGGCUUCCGGAAACUUAAAUCUAAUCGAGGCAUGCCUCGCCACAAUUGCAUGGUUGAGCUCUGCACUUUCUGCAUUAUCUGAUGCCGAAUUCCACCUCUCUGCCUUCUCUGCUCUCAUAUCUGGGCUGAAAGAAAGCUUGGAAAAUGGUGAACAGAUUGAGCUCAAAGUUCUUGCUUCCAUGUCACUAAUCAAUUUUAGUAAAAUCCCAGAAUGCAGGGUUUUGUUAAUGACAAUAGCAGAAGAGAUUGCAGUUCCACUUCGAGCCUUGUUGAAGUAACUUGGACAGCCAAACAACUAUAUACCAUCAUAUUUGGAGAAUGUCGUUCCGCCUGUUAGAAUUUCUUUUCAAAUGUGAAGAUUUCUCAAAAGCUUCAGCAUUUCUUUAGCAACCUGAAGAUUUUACCUACACAGAUGGUCUCCCAUUUCGAAAAUUUCCAGGCACCUCCACAUUGCUUCUAAUUCUUAAAAUGACAUUAACUUGGAUUGGUGUCAGCAUUGAGCAGGAAAAUUUUUGAAAAUAUAAAAUAAAAUAAGAUCUGAACUAGUCAUCCAACCUUAGAGAGGAGAUAAUGAUACUUUUCUAAACUGUAAAAUAACUGAAAGACCUUGGAAUGGUGUCUCACUGAUCUUUAUUUUAUAACUUUUGCAGGUUUAUUUGCAUUAGGGAUGAUUAAGAGAAACUGUAUUCUAUUUUAAUUUGAAGAUAUUUGUGCAUCAAUAUUUCUACUUCCA